CUAGAAAUAUCCAAAGAAGUGGGAGACAAGACUGGAGAGGCGUGCUCACUCUGUUUUCUUGGAAGCAGUUUUGAGUGCCAAGGAAAUCUUAUGAUGGCUUUUGACUGUUAUUACUCGAGUGUAGAGUUGUACGAUGAUAUCAGGGCCAGUCUUCAACUCAACGAUCAGUGGAAGAUUUGUUAUCGUAAUCAGUACCAAAGUGCAUACAAAGGUUUGUGGCGUAUAAAUCUCAAUCAAGGUCAAGUUGCAAAGGCUCUUCUUGCUGCAGAGAAAGGACGUGCUCAAGCUCUGAGAGAUCUCAUGGCCACAAAAUAUAAGCCUGGAGAUUCUUCAACGUACAGCGCAUCAUGCGUUUCUCUGAGGUGGGUUCCAUUGGGCACAGUUUUCAUAGCUAUUAAUGGACCAUGCGUUUACUUCUGGGUUUGCCUCAGUGAAGAUAAUAUCCAAAUUAGAGAGGUACACGUCAACAAUUAUAAGUUUGAGAAUGAAUUGGAAUGUUUCAUCCAGCUACUGAACAAAACUGCUCUUAUGGAGAUCGGUGCAAGAGAUACUGUUAAAAUCGAAAAUCCUCCGCUUGAUUCGCCGAUAGAAGAGGAAGUGGCCAAUGAUGUGAUCCGAGUUGAUGUGAGGUACUCCCAAUCAAGCGCUUUAAUGAAGCUGCAUGACAUCAUCGUUACUCCUAUUGCUGAUCUGAUCGAAGGCAACGAGCUAACAUUCGUUCCUGAGGGGCCAUUUUGCCUUGUACCUUUUGCAGCGUUGCAGGACUCGAACUCAUCAUAUCUAAGUGAUUCUUUCAGAAUUCGUGUGCUUCCCUCUCUGACGACGUUGCGACUAAUUCAUGAUUGUCCAGAUGACUUUCACAUGAAGACCGGUGCAUUGCUUGUCGGCGACCCAUGUUUCAAAGAUAUCAUUUAUGAGGGAAGACGUUUGGUGCAGCUUCCAGGAGCAAAGAAAGAAGUGGAGAUGAUCGGACGUAUCCUCAAUAUCUCUCCCCUCACUGGAGAAAUGGCAACAAAACAUGAAGUGUUGAAACGAAUAUCAUCAGUGGCGUUGGUUCACAUUGCAGCGCACGGUAAAAUGGAAACUGGAGAAGUUAUCUUGGCACCAAACACCACAAGAGAAAACCCUCAGCCGCAAGAGAAAGACUAUCUACUGACAAUGAAAGAUGUGAUAGAGGCUGGGUUACGAGCACGUUUGGUUGUACUUAGCUGCUGUUACACUGCUCGUGGGGAGGUCAUGGCCGAGGGUGUGGUCGGUAUGGCGCGUGCACUUUUGGGUGCCGGUGCUAGAUCUGUUGUGGUAACCUUGUGGGCGAUUGGCGACGAGGGAACCCUGGAGUUCAUGAGUUUCCUCUACGAUGCACUUGCCAAAGGCAAGAAGGCAAGUGAAGCUCUCCAUCAGGCCAUGAAGUGUAUGAGAGAAAUUGAAAAGUUCAAGGAGGUGAUUUACUGGGCACCAUUUGUACUCAUUGGUGACGACGUCAACCUCGAUUUCAAGAAUAUUUCGAAGCUGAAGCAAGUAAAUCUUCUGUUCAUACAUUCUAUUCAAUACAAAGUUACAUUAAAUCAUAAUUAUUGCUUAUAUAUGAGCACUGAUACUUGCGUGUUAUUUUCCUUUCAGUGGGGUUACUAA